CCAUUUUCUCAGUUGCCUAGGGGUGUCUCGUUGUCUAUUUUUUCCCUCUUGUUGUGUUAUUCCAAGAAAUUAAAUUGAGAAUGGAAGUUCCUCACGUAGUUAUUUUCCCGUUGCCUCUUCAAGGUCCAGUGAAUUGCAUGGUAAAACUAGCUGAGCUCUUGUGCCUUCAUCAAGAAAUUCGUGUUACUUUCAUCAACACUAAAUAUAUCCAUCAACGCCUGCUGAAUUGCACGGACGUUCAAAUCCGUUUCGCGAAAUAUCCAAACUUCAAAUUCGUGACUGUUUCAUAUGGACUUUCAGAAGAUAAUCCAAGAAACGGAGACCAAAUAAGUAAGAUUAUUGAAGGUGUAGAGGAAGUGAGCAGCCCACUGUUCAGAGAGAUGGUCAUGACAACUACUUGUGCUCCAACUUGUCUCAUAGUUGAUGGUAUUUUUACAUUUGCUGUUCAUAUUGCUAAAGAGGCUAGAAUCCCACUUCUUUAUUUUGAUACUAUAUGUCCUUGUGCUCUCUGGACUUAUUUGGCUGUUCCAAAACUAAUUGAAGCUGGAGAAAUUCCUUUCAAAGGUGCAAUAUUAGAAAAAUGAAUUAGUACACAUUAAUUAUAAUUUGUGGUUGCAUUAGUACAUAUUUCAUGCCAAGCUGCAAUGUCAAAGCAUAUAUUCUGCCGUGCACCUGACCUUGAUAUCCCCA